UACUAUCUCUUUAUCUUCAAAAUCUCCCCGAAACCAUUCCUUUGAUUCUAAUGUGAGUAACAUUUUUUCGCGUGUUAAGUUCUCAGUCUCAUACUGACUACACAGAAACUAAAAACACCAUACAAACCUCUCGUCAAGUGGCAUGAUAUGGAAUCCACUAUCCUUGGCAAGCGGUCCGCUGAAGAUUUGCCUCCUGCUGGUCGAAUGCCUCCUCCACCUGAAGCAGGGACAGUGGACUCAGACUCGGACUCGGACUCAGCAGAGUUUGACAAUGGCACAGAUUGGUUGGAUGGUCCAGCUGCUCUUUCAGAGUUUAGGACAGUGGAGAAAGAUUUGUUCGUGCUUGCGGCAUCCAGCGGUAUUGAUUUGUGUGCACCAGUCGGGUUCUGCACCAACAAAGAAGGCCGCAAAAACCUUGUCUCCGUCCGUCCCUGACCCUUCUGCUUGGGACGAGUGGAAAGUUGAAUAACUCACCUAAUUCACUGUAAUUCACAGUACAUUUGACCUGAUUCACCUGUAAAAUAGCGUUAAUUUACAGACAUGUUAAUUUACGGUAAUUCACAGUGGUGAAUUUGAAGGCCUCUGGACGCACUGUAAAUUUACCCUGUGAAUUUCGGACAGUUCCAAAUUGACCGUACA